GAGAAGGAGCCAAAAUUCUGUUGCCUCCCUGCUGGUUUCUUCAAAAAUCUCCAUCUUCGCCUGUUGCUCCAUCGAACACCGGCGAUCUUUUUCUUUUUUUACCUUCUUCGCUAGAUUUUCCGCUCCAAAAAAGCCAUCUUUAGCUCUUUUCUUUUUCUGCCUUAAUCUUGAUUUAGGCCCCGGUUCCGAGGAAAGCGCGCCAAGAGCCAAGGGGUCGCGUCUAGACUCCUAGGAGCCGUGAUCCACCCCGCGCCCGUCUCCCCCGCUGCAAUUUUGCUCAAUUGUUUCCUUGCUUUUGAGCCUCUUUCUCGGUUUCUGGUUUCGGCGACAGGUUGGAGGGGGACCAGCUUCCAUGGCGCUGGGCUUGGUAACGCAACACCUCGCCCGCCUCGGCACACUGUCGGCGACGUCGGACCACGCUUCCGUCGUGUCCAUCAACAUCUUCGUCGCGCUGCUCUGCGGAUGCAUCGUCAUCGGGCACCUUCUGGAGGAGAGCCGAUGGAUAAACGAGUCGAUCACCGCCCUUGUGAUCGGAGUUUGCACGGGGGCCGUCAUUCUGCUGACGACCAAAGGGAAGAGCUCGCACAUCUUCGUGUUUAGCGAAGAUCUCUUCUUCAUCUACCUUCUCCCUCCCAUUAUAUUCAAUGCCGGGUUCCAGGUAAAAAAGAAACAAUUCUUCCGCAACUUCAUGACAAUCAUGUUGUUCGGUGCAAUUGGGACAUUAAUAUCGUUUUUCACAAUUUCCCUUGGAGCAGUUGCAUUGUUCCGGAAAAUGGAUAUUGGCUCAUUGGAUAUUGGAGACUUUCUUGCCAUAGGUGCCAUAUUUUCUGCCACGGAUUCUGUCUGCACCUUGCAGAUUCUUAAUCAAGAUGAAACACCUCUAUUAUAUAGCUUGGUAUUUGGUGAAGGAGUUGUUAAUGAUGCUACAUCCGUUGUGCUCUUCAAUGCAAUUCAGAACUUUGAUCUUGUUCACAUCGAUGCCAUAAUCAUAUUGAAAUUUUUGGCAAACUUUGGAUACCUGUUUCUCACCAGCACCCUCCUUGGAGCUUUUGGCGGACUGCUAAGUGCUUACAUCAUCAAGAAAUUGUACAUCGGAAGACAUUCUACUGAUAGAGAAGUUGCUCUAAUGAUGCUCAUGGCGUACUUGACAUAUAUGUUGGCAGAAUUGUUGGAUCUAAGCGGCAUCCUCACAGUAUUCUUCUGUGGGAUAGUCAUGUCACACUAUACCUGGCAUAAUGUCACAGAGGGCUCCAGAAUUACUACCAAGCAUGCAUUUGCCACAUUAUCCUUCAUUGCAGAAACCUUUUUAUUUCUUUAUGUUGGAAUGGAUGCGUUGGACAUCGAAAAAUGGAGGUUUGUUAGUAGCAGCCCUGGGAAAUCAGUUCAGAUCAGCUUGAUCUUGUUAGGGCUAGUUUUGGUUGGUCGAGCUGCUUUUGUAUUUCCACUCUCAUUUCUAUCCAACCUAACAAAGAAAUCUCCAGACGAUAGGAUCGUUCUCAAACAGCAAGUUACAAUAUGGUGGGCAGGUCUCAUGAGAGGUGCAGUGUCCAUAGCACUUGCUUAUAAUCAGUUUGCAAGAUCUGGACACACGCAACUGCGAGGAAAUGCAAUUAUGAUCACUAGCACUAUCUCUGUUGUGCUCUUCAGCACUGUGGUUUUUGGAUUGAUGACGAAGCCGCUCUUGAGUUUCUUAUUGCCACAUAACGCAAAGCACUUUAGCAGCAUGUCCUCUGAUCCAUCAACCCCCAAAUCUCUCUUAUUGCCGCUCAUGGAGAAUGGACAGGCCUCGGAAGAUGAAAUAGGGGAACAUGUAGCUCGGCCAUCCAAUCUUAGACUGCUCCUGACAAAACCAACUCAUACGGUUCAUCACCAUUGGCGGAAGUUUGAUAAUGCAUUCAUGCGUCCGGUUUUUGGUGGGAGAGGUUUUGUUCCAUUUGUUCCUGGCUCCUCUAGUGCGCAGAGCCUCCAUGGCUGGAGUUAAAUUAAAAAAGGAUCCUCGGGUGAGACUUAAGACGACGGUAAAUAGGAGAAUAUAGAAUAAAAGACAACCUUGGAAUUCUUUGCUCAACCUAACAGGUCUUUGUUUUAUUGUACAGUUCAACUGUUGGUGCCUGAUGAUACGAAAAAUCAGCUGAUCUUGUGUAAUUAUCAGAUAAUCACAUAAUCAAAAUUAUAAAUAACAACUUCAAUCCAACGUACCUUAGUUGAGA